UUACUGAUAACAGACCGGCGGCUAAGUAGGAAAACAGAGAGCCAGCCAGCCGAGGCUGCUAGCUGAGCAGUUGGACAGUGGAAGCAGAAGGAUGUUGCACGGUUCGAUAAUUACUUUCAAAUGUUGGAAUUGCGCGGUCGGGGAUUAAAUAAGUGAAAACGCUUUCUAAGAGCGGGAGAAUGGUGGUCCCGGACAGCGACAGUGCAGUGCAGCAGCUGGAAAGCAGCCUCACUGCCAGCGCCGAGCAAGAAGACCAACAGCACGGGGAAGAGCUUGAGGAGGUGCGCAAACUGCGCGAACUUGUGCAGCGCCUCGAAUUACAGAACGAAAGCCUGAGAAACCGGAGUACCAAGUCCUCCCUCUGUGCAAACACUAUUGAAAAUAUUGACGAAAGAACUUUGUGUGAAGGACGUUCUACGAUCAUAAUUGGAGACGCUGAAAAUGAAGCCGAAAGAGACUUUGAGACUUUGUCCCCUGCUCAUGGCAGCAGUACUAGUGAGGAUGUGUCUCCACUUCCCCAAACCCCAAGGCUGGAGAAUGAAGAAGUUCAAGAGCAACCACAGGCUAGUACUUUAGACCUCAGUGAUACAGAGCCAGUUGAUAGGAGCGAUCUAAGCAUGGAUCAGUCUGCGCUGGACGAGGUGGACGUGCUUAACCUGGAUGACUGUGCUGAUAUUGAGGAUGAAGACAGUUGGCUGUAUGUGUCCCCAAAGAAGCAAGUACAGGCGGAGCAGGGCCCAGAGUCUCCUCUCAAAUGGUGCAGGAAGGUGCUCGAUCACCCGAGUCCUGAAACUGAGGUGGCAUGCAGGACUCUCUUGAGUCGCCUGGAUCAAACAUCAAGAUGGAGAAACGUGUACUCCAGCCCAUCUCAGACCUCCGCGGGUCCCUCAGCCGAGGCCGGCUCCUCGCUCUCCUCUGGGUACCACAAAUCAGCUAACAAAACACUACUAACCUGUGGCAGCUCAGGUUACAUGGGCAUGCAAUCAGCGCUGAGCUCCCAGUCCUCCAUCGACAGUGAGCUGAGCACAUCCGACGAUUCCAUCUCAAUGGGCUACAAGCUGCAGGACCUGACGGACGUGCAGAUCAUGGCUCGACUGCAGGAAGAGAGUCUGAGGCAGGACUACGCUUCCAGCUCUGCUUCGGCUUCACGGCGGAGCUCAGCAGCCUCUCUGCACUCUCUAAGGCGAGGCACGUACAGCGAUCAGGAGCUGGACUCCUACAGCCUGGAGGAUGAAGACACUGACAGUCUGUCGCACUUUCAUCGUCGCCACUCGCCCUCCCCUGGCACCUCACCUCGCUGCCCGUCGCCCAGCGGGUAUCCAGGGGCAGCUGGCACACGGGUGCCCAGACGUUCGCUUCAGGGCGGGGGCACAGAACUCCUUAAACUGGCCAGGAGUGAAGAGGAGUUAAGACACAGCAUGUCGCGUACCAGUCUACGCUCUUUGCAGGCGGUCAGAAACAGCCGCAGCAUGGAGGCUAAUCUGCAAAGUUCAGGCAACCGCAUGACCCGCCUCCCCCAAUCUCCCACAGGCGUCUCCUCUAGCCGCUUAAGAAGCAACGGCCAGUCGCCGCUCUCGUUGCGGGCUCCUGUAAAAGCUCUUAACCCUGUAAACACUAUGGCUGCAGCACACCAGUCUACAAGAGCAUCCUCUGCAGCUCAGGGAGGGCAGACUCGAGGGGUACGGAGGGUGCAGUCGCCAGGGCCUGCCAAAGGAAUUACUUACUCAGCAUGCCGGACUGCUAACAUGGGGACAAAGCAAGCAGCGGGGAGAAGUACGUCUUCCUCCAGAAGCAGGCUAGCCCAGUCACCCAGGAGAUCUCUCGGCAUUCCGAAAACAUGCACUCCAGUGAUGGACGAUUCCUGGAAGGAUGGCUGUUAUUGAGACUUUUCUUUCUUCCUUUAACACUCUAAAAACAAUAAAGCACCACCAUCGGCUCUGAAACAUGGCAGGGAAACAGCACAAAAACACAUGAAGCUCAGUUUUACACACUCCAGCAUGAAUCUUCUCACACCACUGCCAUGUUAACCAGAGGAAAAACCUGAGACACUCGAGACCUGCUUCUGAACACUAAACAUUAGAACUUUGGUUUUGUUUUUCUUUUCAUUCUGAUUUAUUUUUAAUUUAACUGGAAGAUGCUGGAAUAUUUGGUGUUGUGUAGUGUAAAGAAAUACAUGGAACAUGUGUAUAUGUUGUUUUAGUCUGGAAGCAGAUAUUUUAUUCAGAUUUAACUGGACAUCCUGUUUGUUUCUCCAGACAUGAAGGAAAGUGUAGCUCCUAUAUGCACUGUUUCAAUUUUUGUAAGUAUAUUUGGGGAAUGAAGUUUACUCUGUCAAUAAGGAAACUAAAAGUGUAUUUUAAGGCACAAUACUGUAUCUAUGCAGUCUUCCAUUCAUAAAAAAAGAGCUAGAAUAAAAUUGAAGUUGCAUGUGCCAAA